AUGGACAUGCAGGACCACCCAUCCUUUUCAGCUACUGGAGCUUCAUUCCCGUUGCCACAUCCUGAACUAUUGGAUCAGAACAUUUACGAUGUUCCAUGCGAAGACUCCCCAACACCAGAACCACCUCUCUUAACACCAGAAAAACCACCGUUAACAUCAAGGAAACCCUCGUUAACAACAAGAGAACCUUCUUUAACAUCAGAAGAACCCCCUUACACACAACAAGAACCCCCUUCAACAUCACAAGAACCCCUUUUAACAGCGGAAAAACCGACAAGCACCGAUUUUGCAAAAUUGCGGCAGAACUUCGAGAACGGAUUUCCGGAGGCCGGUAUUAAGAAGUCUGUCACUUUGAUGCCAAAACCGAUAUUAGUGUCAAAAUUAAAAACUGACAUUAAGUUUAAUACGGAUUUGAAAAAGAAUAAAACAAGAAAUGAGGGUGGUAUUACAUUCACGUUGCCGAAAAGAGACAAUCAGUUGGACCUGGAUCGAGAAAAUAUAAGGAUGGAUGAUGUUUUCUUUGUGAAAGACAGAGAUAGAUACUGUUCCAGUACAGAUACUGACAAUAGUGUUGUGGAGUUUACAUUGGGUUUACAUGCAGCUAAAUUAUGA